AUGUCUGGACGUGGCAAUCAGGGUGGUAAGGCACGUACUAAGGCUAAAUCUCGUUCGUCCAGAGCCGGCCUGCAGUUUCCUGUGGGCCGAGUCCACCAUCUUCUCCACAAGGGCAAUUACGUCGAGCAGAUUGGGGCCCGUGCACUGGUUUACCUGGCAGCGGUGCUGGAGUACCUGACGGCCGAGGUUCUGGAGCUGGCGGGCAGUGGGGCCCAUGACAAGAAGAAGAUGAGCAUCAUCCCACGUCACCUGCAACCGGCCAUCCGUAAUGACAAAGAGCUCAAUAAGCUGCUGGGCGGUGUGACCAUCACGCAAGGUGGCGUCCUACCCAACAUCCAGGCGGUGCUGCUGCCCCAAAAGACCGGGAGCCACCACCACAAGGUCUAG